GAGAGAGACAAGAACGAGACAUGGAGAACCUAUUUAUCCACAGUUCUGAUGACUAGUAAAAGACAAAUGUAGAACACGUAAAGAGGAAUCGUGCAACAAGAACUUUGAGUGUCACGAUUCUGCAAAGAAAAACGAUCAGGAAAGUAGCAAUAAACGGAAAGAAGGGGUUAAACGGACUAGCAUUGUGUGGACUGUUGUUAGAAGUAAUGGUCAAGAAUGAGGUGCAGUUUCAGUGCACAUUUAACGGAUUCAAUGAUUGGUAGGUGGCGGAUAUGAAGGGGAGAUAGUUUCAUUUUUUUCUGCAUAGUAACUAAAAAUCAUGUGUCCAUAUGUUGUUGUUUUGGUGGCAGGAAUAUUUAGAAUACGGUCAUUAGACAAAGUGAAUAGUUGUUUGGCUGGUAUGUAGGGGAGAAAAUGGUCAGAGAAAUAAUCAUGGCAUGUGUCAGCAAAGAAAUUAAAACGCAGCACUGACAGUUUGUACUGGAUGCCAGAACGGAUGGGAAGCCAGGGUAGACAAUGAAGAAGACGGGUGGUGUGGUACUUCCAUUAAGAAGGUGGUUGCAGUGACUAAUGAUCAUAAUUCAGGUAUUUCACUUUGUGGUGGUACAAGAAAGGUGUGUGAAUUUAUUAAAGCUAUUUACAUGCCCAUUUACUAACCUUCUCAGAUUGAAAAAUAACAAUUAAAAAGUGUUAUUUCAUGAGGCAUUUUUCUGAUUUGCAGGAUCAUCGAGCGACUGUUACAUGGUCAGUCACUAUGAUGAAAAUUCUCCGUCAUAAGACCUUCUACCUCAUCGUCUUCGCCUGCGCUGGCUUACUGCUGUUGGGAGCAUCAAUCCAUUUCUACCAAAUACCUUUUGUCUACCUGAAAUCUUCUCCUACUGUAUCCAGAAUUGGCUCAGACUACCCAUGUGUCAAUAGAAUCAAUCUUCAUCCGACUGAUGUCCCGCCUCAAUCUUUUGUAUUGAACCUGAAUGAUCCAAUCUGGCAAAGACACCAAAAAAGCCAGGGUGUCCUGGGGUAUCCGGUCCCCUUCAACAAGUCGCAACACGAAGAAGGCAAGAACAGGAAACAGAAUGAAGUGCAAACAUCUGACAACUGGCCAAAAUUGUCGAAGAAUUUCUACCAGAGCCCGAUUCCAGAGAGCCCCUUUCAUCCUAAUCACAGCAUCCGGUGGGAGUUUGAUACUACUGAGCUACUCAAACGACCUGAUGUUAUGAAUCAGCCACCGAAAAUCAUCACAUGGGUGAAAAAGCCCCGCCAUAUUCCAGAUCUUCCGGAACCUGUGCGCCUGCGCGUGUGUCCGGAAAUGCCUUGUCGUGUGACCUCUAACACGUCGUUUCAGGAGCAAAGCUCGGCUCUCCUGUGGGCCGGGGAACUGAUGACAGAAACAGAGCCACCGAGAAGAUCGCAUCCAGACCAGGUUUUUGUGUUUCACGAUCUUGAACCCCCGAGGUCCAGCUGGGUGUGUUCUUCCACGUUCCGCCUGGACCCCUGGAAGUCGGCAUUUAACUGGACCAUGCAUUACAGGUUUGACGCCGACAUUCUCAGUCUCCAUGGCCUGGUGGUCAAGCGAAGACGUCCAGUCAAGCGGAACUACACGGACAUCCUGGCCAGGAAGACCAAGUUCGCUGCCUGGGCUGUCAGCAGUGUUAUAGAUCAAAGCAGACGGAAAGAGUUCGCCGCCAUGCUGCAGAAGUACAUCUCCAUCGACAUCUUCGGGGAAAGUUCUGCACACAGAUGUCCUCGAGACCAAGAUGACCUCUGUUUUCAGACAUUCAGCAGGGACUACAAGUUCUACCUGGGUUUUGAAAGUUCCUUAGCGAAGGACUACAUUUCAGAGAAAUUCUUCCGCUAUCUGAACUUAGACACUGUGCUCGUUGCCCGAGGCAGCAACGAAUACAAGUUCCACGCUCCUCAAAACAUCUUCAUCAACACGGCGGACUUUGCAACAGUCAAAGACCUCGCCGACUACCUUCUGCACCUCGACAAACACCCCGAAGAGUACCUUGAGAUUCUCAAGGCAAAGGACGAGUACGAGGUUCUGUUCGAGGACUACCCGUUGCGUUAUGGUGACGGGCAAGUGUUCUUCAUGCAUUACCAGUACGAGGCCACAGCUUUCUGUGAGAUGUGUCGCCGCCUGUGGAACCUGGACUCCUACAGACAGACCAUUCCGGACAUACGGAAGUGGGUUGACAAAGAGCUGUGUUAUGAGGCUACAGACUUACACUAACAUAGCCUAGUGGUAUUGUUAUAGACGCUAGAAUGUUUUGUGACAGUGUAUCGGUGUGCCUCGGUUUGCUUUGGGGUUUUUUGUUUGUUUGUUUG